UCGCGGCUCCUGCUUGUCUGCCAUUGUGCACAAAACCCAAACUGUCGUAACAAAGGAGCGAAACCCAUUAUUUUGGUCCUUUAUCUCACUCUAAUCUCCUUGAAAGACCUAUCUUUUGGCACUGUCUCCUGGAGGGUUCACUCAUAUAGUCGUGCUCAAGAUUAGAGGUCCGAAGUGCAUCUUGCCUAGGAACAAUGUCUGAGAAAACAACUGAGAAUAUCUUGGACCGGAUUGUGGAAACACUUGCUGAAGGUGGUUCAAAGCAGAAAUCCGUGUCAUUUUUUGGGGAAGAGAAAACAAAUUUUGCCAGUUCUCAAUUCAAUCGCCUGUUUGGACGUCAGAAGCCUGUCCACCAUCUUUUGGGGGGAGGAAAAUCUGCUGAUGUGUUGUUAUGGAGGAACAAGAAGAUCUCAGCAAGUGUUUUAACUGGUGCAACAGCUAUCUGGGUGCUCUUUGAAUGGCUCAAUUACCAUUUUCUAACUCUUGUAUUUUUUGGUUUGAUUCUUGGUAUGCUUGCUCAGUUCAUUUGGUCAAAUGCUUCAGGCUUAUUCAACAGUGGCAGGUCACAUUCUAAAAUCCCUCGUCUUGAUAUACCCAAUGAGAUAUUUGUCAACAUUGCCACCUCACUAAGCUCUGAGGUUAAUCAAGCUUUGGGUUUUCUUCAGGAUGUUGCAUAUGGAGGAAACAUUAAGCAAUUUCUUAUGGUUGUAGUAGGCUUGUGGCUUGCUGCUGUGGUAGGGAGCUGGUGCAAUUUUCUGACUGUUCUGUAUGUUGGUUUUGUUGCUGCUCACACACUGCCAGUGUUAUACGAGAGGUAUGAAGAUCAAGUUGACAGCUUUGUGUACCAGGUCAUCGACCAAAUUCAGCAUAACUAUCGGAAGCUGGAUGCUGGUGUCCUUAGCAAGAUACCUAAGGGGAAAGCUCAAGGGAAAGAAGAAUGAGUAGAAUAAUUUGGUAAAAUAACUAGGCUGUUGUGCAUUUCCCUUGUCCUUCCCAUUUAUUGACGGGGGAUUAAACUUAAAUGUGUUUCAGACCCAAAAAAGGGCAAGAAAACCAAUGUUUACGAGUAGAUUUAAAUCAGGCUAUUGAAUUGAGGGAAUAAGCUGAUGUUUGGGCUUCAAUUUA